UAAAUGUUCCUCUGUAGUGUCACUACAGAAAUGCAUGGAGCUUAUUAGUGACUUUUAGAAAUUUCCUUGGUCCUGUUCAGGAUGUCCUCAACACUGGGUAUGAGAGAUGAACAUGUUGGCAGGAACAAGAAGCGUGUGCAAAAAAAACAAGAUGAGAAGCACUCAGUCCAAGAGAGAACUUUUACCAAGUGGAUAAACAUGCAUUUGAAAAGAUGUGACCCACCUUUACAGGUUCAUAACUUAUUCACUGAUAUUCAGGAUGGAAAGAUUCUCAUGGCUCUUCUAGAGGAAUUGUCAGGCUGUAAUAUGCUUGAUAAAUUCAGGCCAUUUCCACAUCGCAUCUUCAAACUAAAUAAUAUUUCGAAGGUCUUGAAUUUCCUUGAGGACAGAAAUGUCAGCCUUAUAAACAUUGACGCUAAUGAUAUUGCUGAUGGCAGUCCUUCAGUUGUUCUCAGGCUAAUCUGGAACAUCAUUGUGUACUAUCAGAUUAAACAGGUCACAGUAAGCUUGGAGAAGUUCCCAUCCACCUUCAGUCUGAUGUCAUUACCUUGUGGCAGUGAUUCUUCAGGUUGUAGUUCUCCAGCAUCACCUGGAGAUGACAUUUUUGGCACUCUACCCUCAAAAGGCAAACGGUCAUCUCAAAAUCUCAAGUACCGCAGUACAGCCAUAAAGACUCUGCUUAGCUGGGCGCAGAACUGCACGGCAAAAUAUGGGGUAGAAAUCCAUGAUUUUGGUAAAAGCUGGAGGAGUGGAUUGGCAUUUCUGGCUCUGGUUAAAUUCUUCUGUCCUCAGUUUGUGGACAUGAGGAAAGCUUUGUCUUCUGAGCCCCGACUAAAUAUGGAGACAGCCUUCACAGCAGCGAAUGAGUGGCUAGGGAUUCCUCCACUGCUGGAUCCAGAUGAUAUUGCAGUGAAUUCACCAGAUGAGCAGUCUGUCAUCACUUACGUUGCCCAGUUUCUUGAAUGUUGUCCAGGCCAUGAUGAGGACUGUGCAUCAGCAGACUCCUCUAGAGGCACACCAAAUUUAAUUGAAAGAUCGGACAGACAAUGGACUGAUUCAGUUAGCUGUAUGUUACCGUCUAAUAUCUCUGCUGAAACUUUGAGAGGACUUCGUAAGUCUUCUGAGACCAGCCAAGAAGAACAAAUCUACCACACUGGAGAUCAAGACUUCAGCUCUGCUACUCCGUCUAAACAUUUCCUCACCAUGAAGAGCUCCAGCUGGUCAAAAGAGCAAUCCCUGUCAGACCGCACUGGGGGGCAGUAUUGUGACUCUUUAGCAUGGAAGAAAUGCUUGAUAGGAAGUCUGGAGGAUGAUGGGAACUGUUCUGAGGCUUCAAAAGAAGCUGUUUAUGCAGUGUCCGUGCUGGAUUCAGAUGAAGAGGACGCAUAUAGCUACAUAUUAGAGCUGGACCAUAAAGCUGGACUAGAGUCAAAUGUUGACCUUGAAUUAAAUAGAAUUAUGGAUGGACAGGGCAUAGAGUUUGCUAGUGCGUUUGUAUCUCAAGGAAGUAAAAUAAACUCACUGUGUCAUUUUUGUGAGACACAGAGGCAGUUAAAACCCACAGAUGUAUUGAUUAGGUCAGGUGACGACAGAAGUGCAGACAUCCGUGUGUCCCAAAGGGACUGUGACUUAGAAAAAUCGUCACCUGCUUCUGACUCUUUGCUGAUGAAUCAGUCUGGUAAAAAGAUGCCCAUAUCAUCUAGUGACAAACUUUUGGAAAUGGACUGUUCAUUUAAAAUGAAGGAGAGUAUUUACUCAGAUGUAUUUAAUCUGACUCAUAGUGAUAAUGCAUUUGUUCUAGAUAAGGAUAAAAUCAGAGAGGACCUUUUCCCCGGUGCAGUGAAGGAUGGUCUAUCAGAUAAUGACCAAUAUGAGCAAAACAGUGUUUUGGAUCGAAGAGUUUUGGAUAGAAUAACUGGAGAACCUGCAGUGUCACAUACACAAAGGAAGGGGGGUCUUGACCUUACUCAUUAUGAGGUGGACGAGCUACAUGUGCUUCUGUUCCUGUGGUUGAUCGCCUACUGCAUCCUUAUGUAUCCUCACCUGGAUAUUCUCAGUCUACUAAGAUCAAAAUAGCAAUAUAUGAGAAAUAUAAUUACCUGGUUGUACAAAGUACUAUACUGUGGGUCCACACACACAAAUUCUGUUGCCUCUCAUUGUUUGUAGUUAGUACUAAAAGUUGUCCUCCAAAUAAAGUGGAUCUAGAACACAUACUAGAUUUACAGUAGAGUAAUGUGGAUUUUCAGUAUUACAUUUCAAGAUAAACCCAAAUGUCUUUAGGGGAAUUUAUACUUUGAAAAGGGUCAGAAUAAUCCAUUUUAUUGGUUUUAUUUAUUCUUCCAUUAGUCUCCAUGAUAAUCAUGAGAUUUCUUUCACCAAAAUGCUAACUCGUUUCUAGGUUUUAGUAAAGUACAACGGGGCUAAAGGCACACCUUAAGAAAAAAUAUACAGUUUACUCCACUUAAAAUGUAUAAUUGCAGAAAAAAAUAAGUUUGUAUUAAACAUUUAUGGAGCAACAGAUUUUGUGUACACGUCGUUUAUUUUGAUUUAAAAGCUCAUAAAUGUAUGAGGUGGCAAGGGGGACCUUAGCAUGGGGCUCACCAGCAUGGGGCA